AUGGCUGAUCCACUAGGUGUAGCCCGGAUAGCCCUUGGCACUGGGUCAUUGACUCUACAAGCGGUCGAUGAAUGUAUUAAAUUUUAUAAGUUAUUCUCCGAAGCGUCGCAUACGCCCGAGACCCAGAGAUUUCUACAAGUCCGGCUGCAGAUGGAACAACAGCGAUUCCUCAACUUUGCAGAAGAAGUUGGAUUACUAUCUGCCGAUGCGAAUCUGACCCGGUCAUUGUCCGCCCACUCCCCAACGGUUCAGGGGGCCGUUUUAGAAUUGAAGACAUUAUUUGAAAGGUUCCAACAGGUGAAUGGGAGAUAUGUCUCCCUCACACCACACGAUAAGUGCGAAGAAAGCGUCUCGCCAAGCUUAACGGAUCUCCUGCACAGCACGAAAAGCGGAGUGGAAAACAUCAAGCUGGUAUCAAUCAUCGACGAAAAAGACGCGAAGGCCUCAGAGCUCGACUCUAUUAUCGAGAAUGCGAAAAGGAGGGCGGCGAAGCUUCGUACAAUAGUCACCGAGCCAAGGCGCCUAGUCUGGGCAGCGUUUGACCAGGACAAAUUCGUUGAUCUUGUGCGGAAGCUUUCUGAGAUCAACUCAUACCUCAUUGCGUUUCUUGAUGACUCGCGGGCACGGAGAAUCGAAAAGGCGACGGAAGCGAGCUACCUCGAGAUGCUUCAAAUGCGGAACGACGUCAAUGGAUUGAAAGUCAUCAUUCAAGCACUGACGCAUGUGGCUCAUCAGGAUCAGGUCGUUCGUUGGGCCCCGAACACAACGGAAGCGCCGAGACUUCCUACCACGACAGUCAAUGGACAGGCCAGCAUGAAACAAAUCAGCCAAGAUGGCGAGUCAGAUCUAGGUGCCACCCCGGCCAGGCUUGACAACGGGUUCAACAUCACAGAUUCGUUUGCACCCGGAGAAAUUCCCAACUCGCGACAAAUCAUAUCGUUGAACAAAGAGAAUAUAUGGCUGGAGUCUGUCGAUUAUUCACCUAUUUUGUUGGAAAGGAACCCAGAUGGAGCUCUGAUUCAUCACAGAGUUUACCUACUCGCUAGACUGCUUAGCAUUGCGCUGCCCGAGGAUUUCCGAUCCCCCCAUUGUCAGGGAUACAUCAAACUGCUGGACAAGGACAGCCAGCCAGUUUUCAAAUUGGCUCUUAAGGCCCCGGAUGAGAUACAUCCCCCGGUAACCAUAUUCAGCCUACGAGACCUCUUAUCUGGAGUGCCAAUGCCUUCUCUGUCACGACGCGCUGCGCUGAGCCUCACGUUGGCAACAUCACUUGGAAAGUUUCACGAUGUGGGCUGGCUGCACAAAGGCCUUCGCAGCCAGAACAUCCUCUUCUUUAGUUCAAACCUGAAGACAGUGGAUCUCAACCAGCCCUACAUCACGGGCUUCGAGCUCUCACGCCCAAACGAGAUGUCAGAACUAACAGACAAGGCGAGAUUUGAGCCUGAAGUGGACAUGUAUCGGCAUCCGCUGGUCCAAGGAGGGGAAAACGCCGGCGCAUACGGCAAAUCGUUUGAUCUCUAUAGCUUAGGCAUCGUGUUCUUGGAGAUUGCUUACUGGUCACCUAUCGACAGCAUUCUAAGCAUUGAGAAUGUUGGUGCUCUCACUCAAGACAAGUUACGCUCCAUUCGGGCCACGAUCAUUGACGACGAACCAGAAACUGGCCCAGAUACAUUGAAUGGCGAUAUUGAGCCCCUACCUCAACCGCACUUUGUAGAAUCGAAAUUCCUACAGAGGGUGGCUGCUCUCUGUGGCGAUCCUUACCGCGACAUUGUCCAGCUCCUCCUUCGCGCCACUGAGAUCGAGUCUCCAGUAUAUCGUGGGGAAAAGGCGGCCUCUCGCCACCGGAGGCUGCAGGAUGUUUUCCGAGAGGGGGUGUUGGAACGGCUACAUAAAAUUAACGAGGGAUUUUAG